GUUUGAUGACCGGUGCUAGAACCUGCGACUUGUUGAUGACAACUAUGAAUGUCGUAAACACAUCUGAGGUCAACAUUACAUGGAGUCAAGCAGAAUGUAGAGAAUAUGUCACCGAUACAUUCAUGUGUGUAAGGAUGAAGUACGGUCAUCUGUAUCAGGAUAAGAACCUACCUUGCCCAGCACGACGGCCUUGCUGGUGCUAUGAACGAACCUUCGCUGGACGUCUUCAUCGAGGAGAGAUCAAUUGCGACAAAAUAGGUUUGUAUACAAUACCAACAGACAUGUCGAUAUAUGUCAGAGGUAUAUCUGCAGGAAGGAACAGAAUUAGUUACAUAGAAAGUGGAAUGUUUCAUGGGAUGCAAUAUCUCAUACGUUUAAUGUUCCAUGACAGUGGGAUACGUGAAAUAUCUUCGUUUGGAUUCAAGGGACUGGAUAACCUAAGAGUUCUUUACAUAAAAUAUAAUGAGAACACCGUGAAGUUGGAGAACAGAGCACUAGGGGGGUUAUAUAAACUUAAGACUUUGUAUAUACACUACACUAGGUUGGAUUAUCAAAUGAACAGAAAAUUGUUUCAAGAUUUAAUUUCUCUGGAGGAGUUAUCAAUUGUUGGAUGUGAUAUAAAGCGUGUAGAAGAUGUUUCUCUCCCUAAGCCACACCUGUUACGAAAACUUGUCAUAGGGCAACUUGAUAUAUUUAAUACAUUGUUUAGAUACCCAACAAAUUACAGUAACCUGUCGGAGCUAGACGUUGCAUCAGUUCCAGUGAAUGAGACAAUAUCAGAUGGACAGUUUGAUGGAUUAAAUAAACUGAAGUAUUUGGACAUUUCUGAUACAAAAAUAUCACGUCUGAAACCGACCAUAUUUGCAGGUCUUGAUUCACUGAUAGACCUGUAUAUUAUGGAAUGUUACAUCCGUACGAUCGACAAACACGCGUUUACCAAUCUGAGAAAUAUUAGAAUCAUUAGUAUUUAUGGACAAGCAUUGCCCAAAUACCCGUUGACAUUAUUUCAAGGUCUUGAGAAGUUGACUGAAGUUGACAGCGAUCAUAUGGAAUUCUGCUGCAUCGUUCCAACAACAGUUAAACUCUGUACCCCACAGCCAGACCACCUGUCUUCGUGUGGAGAUCUAGUGAAAAACAACAUACUCCGGGUGUUUCUUUGGACAAUUGGUAUAUGUAUACUCCUUGCUAACAGUGCUGUCAUCAUACUUCGAUUUUGUGAAGGGACAUCGAAGCAUGGCGUAAACGAAAUAUUGAUAAUGAAUCUCUCAUUAUCGGAUAUGAUAAUUGGGGUUUACAUUAUCAUAAUUGCUUCGAUGGAUCUGAAAUACAGAGGCAUAUACUAUCAAUACCAGAGUGUUUGGAGGAAAAGUGGCUUCUGCAUGGCAUCUGGAUUCAUUGCAUCUUUGUCAAGUGAAAUGUCCGUGUACAUCCUUGUUGUCAUGACACUUGACCGGUUCCUCAAAAUAUUGUUUCCCUUUAAAAUGUGGUUACACUUUUCCAAGCGUGCUGCACUUGGGACUCUCAUCUUUGGCUGGAUUCUCUGUAUAACCUUAACAGCUUUACCACUUCUUCCUCUUAAUUACUUUAGCCCUCAUGAAUUCUAUACGCAAUCUGGCUUCUGCUUACCGCUUAUGUUGAAUUACGAUUCUGCAAAAGAAGACAUGCUUAAAUGGGAGGUUAGCACUACAUCUGGUGGUCAAGAGUCUUAUUCCCAUUUUAACGGUUGGGAGUAUUCCUUUGCUCUUUUCAAUGUUGUCAAUCUUAUCGCCUUUUUUCUUAUUGCUGCUGGCUACUUGGCUAUAUUCUUUGCUACAAUGAUCUCUAGAUCAAAAACCAAACAAGGCUCGGGACAAGAGAAAGACAGAAAAUUGGCAACAAAACUGAUAUGGAUCGUGGCUACCGAUUUCUUCUGCUGGGUUCCAAUAAUAAUUUUGGGAUUUCUAACCUUUUACAAGGUAACAUUACCAGGAGAUAUCAUUGCUUAUAUCAGCAUAUUUGUGUUACCAAUCAACAGCGCUAUCAACCCGAUACUCUACACAUUUAGCACACUUUCCUGGAAAGACAUAUGGAAGAAAUGCAAGUGUAGGUCGACAUCUGAGCAAGCACAGGCUCCAAAUCAGAGGAACACAAAUGAUGCAGCAUCUUCAAGUUCGAUUCCCUGGAAAGACAUAUGGAAGAAGUGCAAGUGUAGGUCGACACCUGAGCCACCUUCGGCGCCAAAUCGGAGGAACACAAUUGAUGCAGCAGCAUCUGCCACUACUAGCACUAAACCUUGA